CAGGAACAGCAGCAACAGCAACCGCAACGCUCUGUCAGCUCCACCCAUCGGCCACUCGGGUCGCUCUGCGCCCCCCUCCUAGGUGGAACUACUGUUUCCCGUGCCAGGGAAGUGAACUAACUCUCCCUUCUGUCUCUCUCGAGGCGAGGCUCGCGUGGGUGGGUGCGAGGGGGGAAGAGGACCCUGGAGAUCUCGAUCGCACUCUGCCCGCCCCUCCGGCUGUCAGUGUCACUGGCAACAUGGCCAAAAGGCAUCAUCUGCAACGGUCAUGAUAAACAGGCUGUGAAAGGGAGACAGAUGCUUCCAGCAGGGAAACAGCGCUGAAAGACCCCAUCGCCAGCCCGACGACGACGUCAGCCUUCGUGUACACCACCCCAGAACAAUGGCCAUCAUGCACGUAAGGAAACACCCUUACCUUAAUCUUCCCUCUCUGGACAUUUGCCCUGUCGACUAUCCAUCCUCAACACCCGAAGUUGGACGGCUUCGACGACAUCUUGGUUUCAACCUUUGGUCUGGUGCCUCGGCGCAGAUUGACAGGCUUGGGUGCCGUGCAUCUCGACGUUGUCCAUCCAGAUUCACCAUCCGCUGUCCAUCGCACGAGACUCAAGACGAAGGAUGCCCGUCUUUCAAGGUUAUCAACCAUGGUUUCCGAACAACCCUUAACAGACGAGCCGCGGCAGCCUGCUGGAGCGCACCAUUGUCAGAUCUCAUGCUAGAUGAUGACGGCGUCCGCGCCAGAAUCAGAAAACCGCCGUCCCAGCUCCUGGCAGAUGAUCGCGAUGAAGGCGCUCGCCUCCGACGUUCCAUGGCCUCAUCGAACCGUUGGCUACCCGCAACUUAG